GUUUCACCCAGGCUGUAAAGGGAACAUUUAAGCAAGUUAAAGAUGGGUGAAGAAAUUUAUCCUUGGUUGAUUCUUGUCGUAACGGUUAACAUCGUAUGUGUGGUCGGUACCUCGCCAAUACCACAGAAUACUACUACGGAGAACAUUUGCCAAAGGAAGCUGGACGUGGUAUUUGUUGUGGAUAUGUCGAGUAGUAUAUGGAUUCCAGAUUUCUACCUACAGCUCAAGUUUCUCCAUGACCUCGUUGGUUCCUUUGAUAUAAAUGGGGAAAACGUUAGGGUGGGAUUACUGACGUUUAGUUCGGAUGCAACAAUGCAGUUUUACCUGAACACGUACAGUGCCCGAGACGAAGUCAGGAAAGCCAUUCUUGCAGUGAAAUCUGAAGGCGGUUCAACAAACACGCAUCUUGCACUACAGAGAGCCAAAGAUGAAAUGUUGACACUAAAGCAUGGAUCUCGAAGUGAUGCAGACCACGUGAUUAUUGUAAUUACAGACGGCCUAUCCAUGAAUCCAAAAGCAACGGCAACACAAGCUCAAAAGAUUCACCAAGCCGGAGUUGAGGUCAUUGCUAUCGGUGUGGGAAGGGCGAACAAAGAGGAACUCGCCGAGAUGGCAUCUAGACCAGAGUUUGUGUUCGCUGUGAGCAACUUCAACUACCUGCAGGAAAUCAGAAAUAGUUUGGCAAAGACAACCUGUAAAUGUUAGAGCAAAUAAUGAAACGAACAUAUUUCAUCCUGUUGUAAUGUGGAGCGAUACCACUUAUAAACACGCUGGUUCUUUUAUGAAUUAAAUAAAGAAUCAUAUUGUGAAGUUUUACUUAUUUAAAAUCUUAAUUAGAUAUUUUAGAAGACCUAUUACGACGGAUUUUGGGCAUUUUGGCGCCCUAAGUUGCGACGUUCGUGACGUCAUCACUGAUAACAUACUGUUGCCAAGACGACGGAAAAAUAAAAAAGGAACCAUAGCGCUAUAGUUGGACCAAGUUUCAUCAAAAUCGGAAGGAAUAUUAAAUAGACAAUUUUAUCUAUUUUUCUUCUUAUCUCAUUGUUUAUCUGUUGAGACAUAUACAUGUAGAAUAAACCAUUUUUCCUUUU